AUGGACGAUACACCUGAACCCUUGUCCCCGUCCACGACCUCAGCACCACGGCCAGCCUCACCUGAUCCAGCCAGCCUAGCAAGAUCAAGUCAUCCUCUCAACAACAAAUCUGACCCUGCUCAAGUCCCAGAUGAGCGCACAUCACAGGAACCAGGAAGCCCUGGAGGGUAUAAUGGCGCCACUACCCCAUCCGCCGCACCUGUCGAGGCCACUUCCGAGUCGUCAAAGGCAUCUUCUCGGAAAAAAAAGGCAAAGUCAGUUGCGGCAGCUCUCCCUCCUGUACAGCUCCACGAGCCACUUCAGGCACUACCCGCCUCGACUCCAUUGCCUGACCUCACAGACUUUAAUUUGCGCUCAGAACAACUCAGAAACCCUCUGUUUGUCGCGAUCUCUAAGGUCUUAAUUGUAUAUGGAAACGCAUGGCAGAGCGCGAAUGAUCUUGUUGAUGGUAUUCGACACUUCGAGCUCGCCAACCUUGGAGGUCGAACACCUAAAGGAACUGUGCAAGGCGCGAUUUCUACAGCAUUGGCACUCUCGGCGGCACUGAAGACAUUCGAACCUAUCGAGAAGCAAAAGAUGAACAGCACAACAUACUACAGGAUGGCGGAGCAGGCCCUGCUCCCUUCAGAAGGCGGUGACACGGAUCCAUCUGACGCAGGCAAGAAGAACUCCAAACCCAAGGCACCAGUUACCAACGCACGACGCAAAGUGAAGCGGUCAACCAAUGGCGAAAGCUCAAGUCAGACCAAACGGAGAACAGUAGCUGCAUGGGACUCAGACACAAUGAGCUCGGACAGCUCAGACGAGGAUGGAAACCACAAGCCAUCUAACGGCCAAUCCGGCUCACCCUCCUCGUCAAAGAGAGCUCGCACAGGCUCACCACAUUCAGGCUCUACGCGGUCAAAGGUCAAGGAGGUGCCCAACGGCCUCAAGAAACUCCCCAAGGGAUACGUCUACGACACUGAGAUCAACCAGUCGGCUUUGAUGAAUUUGUCUAUCAACCCAUCACAGACAGGAGAGUUCAUGGCACAUCUCAGGGGCCAGAAGGCAUUGGAGAAGAACGAAUACCCCGACAAGCGCGCUGAAUACGGCGUGGAUUUGACAAAAGAGCCUUCGAUGUUUUCAGUCGAGCAGCAGGUCGGCUAUACCUACCCACGACUUCGAAACAGUGGGCGCGAACGACUGCCAAAGACAGACUGCGAGGACGGAUAUGCCGUGGCGGACUUGAGGCAUGAGGGCGGCUUUCUUGGGCGGUUGUUCUGUAUUACGGAUGGUCAUGGAGGCCGAGCAUGCUCGUCCUUUGUGAUUGCAACGAUACCCGGUGCGAUGCAGGUGAUCUUGGGCAAGUACCGGCCUGAAGAUAUCUCUCUCCCAAGUGUCCAGGAGUUGGUCAAGAGUCAGAUUACAGAGGCUGUCCGAUUGAUCGACAAGGAAUACCUGGACUACAAGAAGCAGCAGUAUCUCCUCUACAAAGCCAAGAAGAUUCCUCACGACCCUGGUAGCGACGGCACGACCCUGAUUGUCAACAUCUUCAUCGACAAAUGGGUCAUCUGCAUCAACGUGGGCGACAGCAGGUCUAUGCUUGGCUCGCGGGAUUCGAUUGGGCGGUGGAACGUCGAGUUUGCCAGCGAGGACCACACACCUUCCUUGGAACGCCUAGCCCAGACGAUUUAUGCCAACGGCGGCGAGUUUGUGACGCAUGACGACAAGGUGAUUCGGUUCGACCCUACGAUCAAGAACGACAAGAAGCACCGCCAAUCCCUGAGGGAGGCCAGGAUACGAGUCAAGGAUGGCGCCUCGAACCUAUACGGUAUCCCUUAUCGAACUAGGAAUGGCCAGUGCGCGUCUGUCAACCUGGGCGCAUGCAUCGGAGAUGUGCUGUACAAGUUGGAUCCCGUCAACCCAGUGCUGAGCUGCAAGCCGGACAUCACCUUUAUCGACAUCACCAACAUCCAUCAGGGCUACCUUUUGAUGGCCUCGGACGGACUUUGGGAUUACGUUCAGCGCGGAGGAAAGAUCCACGAACAAAACUCGGCAGUCUGCCAGUUUGUGGGUGACAAGAUUGACCGAGGCUGGAAUUACCAGAGAAUCGUAUGUACUCUUGCUGACCGUGAGGGGAUGAAUGGUCUAUAUUCGGACUCUAUCCAAGAGUACGAUGAUUUUACAGCCAUCCUUGUGAGCAUUGGCGAGCUCCAGUCAGUACCACCACUAUCGCAGACGGAAGCUGCUGAACCGAAGGAAGGUGUCGAGGCAUCUGCAGAACAGGGCGAGAAGCCAGCAACGAGGGAUGAGGGGACUCAUAACCGUCAAGGAGAUAAGGAAUCGCAGGAAGAGCAAGAGAACGGCGACGCGGCGACGGACGCCGUGCCAAAGGAGGCGAACGGUGAUAGCCAGACGAAGAUGGGGGAUGACGCAGAGAAAGCUUCACCUGGCAGCGCAGACAAGUCGUCCCAGCAACUUUCGCAUCCACCAGAGGCGAUGGAGGUGGAUGAGGAUGCAUUGCCUGAAGAGAGCGCAGCAGCAGACGCAGCAUCAUAA